AUGGACGCCACCAAGAUGUUACAACCUUCAGUCUCCAACAUUUCAGCCUACACUACCCUAAAGUCCUCCUUAUCAAGACCCCUUUCGCAUUUGGUCUGCAAGACCAUUUUUGCAACCUCCUGCCAUAGCUUUGUAUCCAAUCGAGGAAGAAAAUGGACCCUGCAAGCUUCUACAUCUCCAUCAUACUUCAGGAGAUAUUCAGAGAAGAAGAGAGUAGACGAAAGCGAGAGCUUGACUCUCGACAGCAUAAGGCAAUCUUUGAUUCGCCAGGAAGACGACAUUAUAUUUUGUUUUUUGGAGAGGGCACAGUAUGCUCACAACCCCAAUACUUAUGACCCUAAUGCUUUCUCUAUGGAAGGAUUUCAUGGUUCGCUGGUGGAGUUCAUGCUCAUGGAAACUGAAAAGCUCCAUGCUCAGGUUGGCAGAUACAAGAGUCCUGAUGAGCAUCCAUUCUUCCCAGAACACUUGCCUGAGCCAUUGCUUCCACCUCUGCAGUACCCACAGGUUCUACAUUCUUGUGCUGAUUCGAUUAAUAUAAACCACCAAGUUUGGGAUAUGUAUUUUGGAAAUAUUCUUCCCAGCCUAGUCGAACAAGGAGAUGAUGGUAAUUGUGGAUCAGCUGCUGUUUGUGACACCCUUUGCUUGCAGGCACUCUCGAAGAGAAUCCACUAUGGUAAAUUUGUCGCAGAGGCAAAAUUCCAAGAAUCCUUUGCAGCCUAUGAGCCUGCGAUUAAAGCAAAAGACAGGGCUAAAUUGAUGGAGUUGCUGACAUUUAAGAAAGUGGAAGAAGGUGUCAAGAAGAGAGUAGAGAUCAAGACAAGAACACUUGGCCAGGAAAUCAAAAUCCACCAUGAGGAAGACGAUGCUACUCCUGUGUACAAGAUCAAGCCAAAUCUUGUUGCAGAUGUGUAUGGGGAUUGGAUCAUGCCUCUCACCAAAGAAGUUGAAGUACAAUACCUGUUGAGAAGACUUGAAGAUAGUUAG